AUGAUCCCAGUAGCCAAUUCACCUACGCAAAAGCGACUCACUUUCACACCAAAUCUCGACCCUUUUCAUCUCAGCGCAGCUUUCCUUCAACCACAACAUCAUCCAACCAACAACAUGAACGAGCCAGAGCCCAGAUCAGCAAAAGACGCGCCUCACGUGAAGAAAACUCUGGAACAUGCGGAUGAUCUCUACGAUGUCCCAGGUAACGGAGAGCAUGAAUAUCUCGUAGAAAGCUAUGAUGUUCGUGAAAGACUGCUCGUCAUCAGUGACCAGAUUGCCGAGACUGCAGCCAACAAGAUCAGGCGUGUCUAUGAAUACUUUGAUCCGAACCAGGAGGGUGUUUGGAUCGAUGUUCGGGAUGUCUGA